AAACAGGAAGAAGCAUUUGGCGAAGUGCUGAACAAAUUGUACGAGAACCCUCAACUAAGUGCAAUUAUGGAAAAUCACGUACAGGAAAUGUAUCCAAUCGCCCACCUGAACGAUUCUAAAAAGAAUCAAGACCUAUACGAGGUGGUAUGGAAAAAGGUUAUAGAGAUUGCUCCGCUUCAAUCGCAGUGGAAGAAACCUAUACCCGCAAGAUGGCUGGCUCUGCAACACCAGCUGAUUAAACGGAAAAAUGCAGGGACUGUGAUUCUAACGUAUGAAGAAUUGUUGGAAAUCAACAACAAGUCAGCAAUCCAGUUGGCCGAACACGAAGUCACAGACUUUCUUAGGAAUUUGAUAUUUGCUGGAUUCCUCUGCUUCGACUUUGAAAGUCUGAGACCUUUUGUCGUUUUAAGACCUCAGUGGAUAAUAAACGGCUUCAAAAGCAUUAUCACAGAUUCAAAUUUCAUGACAGACCUAUCGACGAAGCUAAAACUUCAGUGGACAAAAUAUGAGAGAACUGGUGUCCUUAAAGUCGACUUGAUCCGGCAACUUUGGGAACGAAACGACGACAAUAGCUUCCUUGCAAACAUGAAAACGCUCCUCAACAUCAUGGAAACACUUGGCUUGCUAGCAAAUCCAUUGCUAGAUAUUUCAAAUGAAGAGGUUGAUUACUUCAUAGUGCCAAGUAUGCUCCGGCCGGCGGAUCCCGAAAUUAUUCGACCAGUACUUGAUGACCCUGAAACCGUUGCCACUGUCACCCUUUGUCUCAAGUUCGACAACCCAUUCAUUCCGCUAGCCGUAUGGGACAAGAUGAUUGCUGCCUGCCUCCACAGGUUCCAGCGACUUAAUGAGCGCGGCCAUGACGGUUCAAAGUUUAUCCAACGCGGAUUUGUCUGUCUGUCUGUAGACUUUCUGUGGAACUUGAUUGUCAACUGCCGCGAAAAUGUCAUGAAAAUUACUAUGUUCAAGAAGGAUACGGAUCAAUCAGUUCCAACAGGAGCCGGAGUUAACCUACGCAGCAUUCUAGUAUUUCAUCUUAACAGGAUUCUGGAAUUGAAUCACCAGAGUCAUCUCAAGUACCAGUUCUACCUCCACAACGACUACCGUUUCUCGGCCGAGGACAAGAUGGUGAAGGUAGACGAUCUCCGACAGACCUCACGCCUACAAUGCCACAGCUCUGAUAAGAGCCGAUGGCUAGAAAUAGAGGACAUACACGUCUGGUUCAAACACCCAGACCAGAAGAGUACACGGACCCAGAGAAUUUAUGUUGACUCAAUGAAGGAUCUACCGGAUAGAAAUUUGUCGGCCAAAGAGAUGGGUCGACUGUCCAGGUACAUCGGCAUUUCAUAUCAGACUUUCUUUGUCGAGCUGGGCUGCCCUGUUGUAGUACUGGAACAGAAGAUGGCAGAAAACCGUGGAUUCUCUUUAGAUCUCUCAUAACGAAGAUCUUUAUUUACCUCCUUCCUACGGAGUCGGAUGUUACAUUCACAAGAGUCGCAGAUGCGAUGUCCGAGCAUGGAUUAGAUCCAGAAACACUGUAUAACAUCAUUGACGACAACAGGAAUACGUUGUUUAAUGACGACACUUUGUCAGAGGGAUUGUUACAGAAAUGCCUAACUGUAUAUGACGCUCCAGUCAUAGCCGAACACGUGAACGCCAAAAACUACUUCAACCUGUUCCUUGAGCUCGGCUUAACGCCAAUAGAGUUGACGAGUUUGACGUAGACUUCAGAAACGAUACAAGUCCCAAAAGGAUCAGUGCGAUGGUUGAGGAGUUCAUUGAAAACCAUAGUCGACGUCCAACUCUAAACACAGUUCUGCUUGCGAUGGUGGAAUGCGACAUGGACACGAAUUCCCUCAUCCAAGCCUUAACUCAAGCAAAGUGAGACCAGGACAGCCAAUUAGAUGUAGGAGACUUGGAGCGAGUCGCAGACUGUCUGUUGGUGUUCUGACGUUGAAAUGCGGACAUAUUAGAACGGAUUGAAUAUCUCUCGGGAUGGAUCCAGGUUCAACAAGAAAACAAGUCAUGAAAGGCCAACACGUUAUAAGUGACAUUAAAGACGUCAAUUUUGGAAAUGUGAUGAUUCUGGAUCGACCGUGUUUGUCAUGACCGUUACCCUACAUAUCCGGACGUGGGUUUGAAGAUAGCGAUUGAGUUUCUCAACAACAAUACAAUCGUUACACCCAUUGGAAGCUUUCUCGAGAAACUCAAAACCGACCAUGCAAAGGUGAUCGUGCUUGAACGCUGACAUAAACAUGCAGAUUCUACAUUUACAGUUUAUUACAUGUAAGAUAAUGCUGCCCUGUUUAGAAAAACCAGCUAUUUUCCAACAUUGCCUCAUAGGAUGCAAUCUAACGCCCUAAUAUGAAAAACUGUAUAUCAAAAGUAAAAUACCACUGAAAGAGCAUUUAAUGAUAGAGAGUUCUCAUCUUGACAGCCUUAAUAAGGUAUCAUACAAUCGUCAAUGAGUCUCGUACCGAUUCUAGACUGCUGUUAAUGUAGGGAUUCCAAUAAGUUUGUUUUUUUGCUUUACCUGUUGAAAAAAAAUAUUAGAUACAAUUUUGAGGAAUUUGGGAAAAAGGCCUCUCUCUUGAAAGUCUUUUCGAGCAAAUGCAAGUUUCAACUUUUUUAAGGACUUCGUUUUUCAUACGUAAAUAGGUUCAAGUAGUGAAUGUGGUGGGGGAAUGAUUUGAUUGAAUGAAGUGUGAGUGAAGGUGUGUGUGGGUGGGUGGAGGGUGGUAUGUAAAUGUAUGUGUGUGUGAGUGUAGGAGGGUGUGUGUGUGUCGUUUUAGUAAGUGAUUAAUUACUGCUACUUUCCGCGGAUACCAGACCUUUCAGUCCAUGAUUACAUUCGGGUUUUACAUUCAUAUUUAUAAUAUCAUAUUAACAUUAUUACAUUUAUAUUCUAAUUGUAUGAUUUUAACUGCAAUGUUUUGUUCAAAAUCACCUGCAGUAGCAAUGCAAUAAAUUAAUUUUACUCAUUUUAGUUUGAUAAAUGUUUAUUAUAUUGCCUACAAUCCUAUUGAAAACCUGAUAGUGAAACACCGUAUGUGGUAUAUAAACACAUUUUGUUUCUUUCUUUCGUCAGUGUUAUUGUUUUACAUAUAUUUGAUGAUGGAAUCUAUUUUAUAUAUAAUAAUUUGUUGGUCUAUAGUGUCCGAACAAUAGUAAGGAUUUUUUUAUUUCAAUGAUAGACUUCUGCCUGUAGAGGAUGUUACAUACUGAACAUUAUCAUUUUCGCUGUAAAUAUAUUCAGAAACAAAUUACUGUAAGUCGAUAAACAAAUCACUGUAAGUAGAUAAACAAAUCACUGCAAGUAUAUAUAUCAGAGUGGUGUAAUCCUAGAUAUAUUAUACAUUUGUAUAUAUAUUGUUAUUUCAAUAAUCUGACCAAUAUUGUCAACAAGGUUUUUUUUAUAUACCCAGACGUUACUAUAUGAUGAACAUUAUAUAACGUCGAUAGGGUCCAUGGUGAAUAAGGUCGUUGAACUGGACCCAGUUGUUCCAAAUGGCGAUUAGGCAAAUCACAGUUAAACAACAAUUUUAAAAUCCUGACAAAAGCAUUGGUAGGGAAACUAAUUUUGCAAACUUUUAUUAAAUUAUAACACUACCUCCCUAUUUAAAAAAAAUAAGUACACUCGGGAUUUGAAGUAAAGGUGAAAUAUAAUUUUAACUAAUCAAGUGAUUAAGCUAAUUACCUUUUGAACAACUAGACAUUUUGUUCUUUGGAAUAGUUCCAAGUAAGAUUAUGUAAUACGACAAUGUCAAAAUGUAUUAUAAUUUCUGUUUGGGUCUUUGCGACUUCUAUUUGAACAAUUAUAAGUAUAUCUAAAUAUAAUUUUUUGACACUUCUUUCACCUUUGUUUUAAUAUACGAUGUAUUUGUUGGAUACUAUAAUAUGUUGAUUUUUUGCUAUUUCAAAUGAUGAACGGCAGUUUACUAACCCAAACACGGAUGUAAAUUAAUCUGUCGUUUAUUUGUUCGCUGGGUUUAUCGACCCGUGAACAACCAGGGUCAUACCUACACGUCCUGAUUUAGGCAAACUAUUGUACCUACACGUCCUGAUUUAGUCAAUAUAUUGUCCAUACACGUCCUGAUUAAGUCAAUAUAUUGUACGUACACGUUCUAUUUAGUCAGGUACAUAUAUUGUACGUGCACGUCCUAACUAAGUCAGGUACAUUUAGUGUACGUACACGUCCUGAUUUAGUCAGGUACAUAGAUUGUACGUAAACGUCCUGAUUAAGUGAUUAAGUCAGGUACAUGUAUUGUACGUACACGUCCUGAACCUAGAUACAUAUAUUGUAGGAACACGUCCUGAUUUAGUCAGAUACAUAGAUUGUACGCACACAUCCUGAUUUGAACGUACACGUCCUGAUUUAGUCAGGUACAUAUAGUGUACGUACACCUCCUGAUUUAGUCAUGUACAUCUAUUGUACGUACACGUCGUGAUUUAGUCAGGUACAUAGAUUGAACGCACACAUUCUGAUUUAGGAAGGUACAUAACUGAACGUACACGUCCUGAUUGCUACUAUGAUUAUGUGUUACAUUUGAAAUUGCAGUUUUACAAGGUUAUUUUUCCUGUUUUCAGUAGAAAGUGGAUCUAUGAAUUCCUUCUUGAAGUUGGAUUGCAUUCCUGGUGUAUGCUUUACUGUUCAUAAGAACCAAGGAACCAAAAGUUAACGUUUAUAACUGUCCUGUUUAAAUGUAGUUUCAACAAUGGUUCACUAACCCUAAUUUGGAAGAAUGUCAUAUCACAAACCAGAAACUAGAACAUUUAACGAUUUUGUCAAUUUAAUUUUUAUGAGAAUCAUCAUCUUGAAUUUAAUUCAGCACCAACAUUCAACUAGCUUUACAACAAAUUACAUACUUAAUGGACUUCCCCUGGCAAAAUCAGACUGGGAAAUGUAUUUUUCUUUUUCUUUUUUGAAUAUACAACAUUGACGAACAGUAAAUAGACCAAACAUUAUUAAGUUUAACUGAUGAAUACAACUAAACACUAACGGAAUUGUGUACCUUUAUACAAAUACAAAUAUAAAUGUAGUAUAUUAAAACGGUGCUGUGUAUCGACUGCUACAGUAAGUGUUUGUAUUAUAUUGUAAAUGUGCGUUUUUGUACUAUCUUAAUGGAAGAGAAAUAAAAUGAAUUUUAAAACUUGA